AUGGAGGAAAAUCCUGAUUUUAAAGGAUUUAAGAAGAAAGGAAUUGAACCACGAUUGAAUGAUUUAAUGUGGCAAAUGUUUGGUGGCAUUGUAGCCACUAGAGAGAAUACAUGGGCACCUUCGUCUGGUGUUCUUCCAAGUGGGGUUCCUAUGAGAGAUGAUACACCUAAUGAGGGAUUUGGUGAUUCAGAUGAAAAUAGUAACGAGAAUGAAAGUAUCCUUCCUAAUGAGGUACCAUCAAACCCUCCUCGUGAAACUCCUAAUCGAAGAAAGGAAACACUUGGGGUUGUACACGGCAAAGGAAAAAAAUCAAGUUCAAGUAGAAAAUCAUCAAGAGAUUCAUUGGCUGCUCAUAUUGAGAAAUUGUGUGAGAGUAUGGCUAAUCCAAGGAAGUCAGUGAAUGAAAUUGUUUUUCCUCACUCUGAAUAUACUAUUUCAAAUGCAAUGGAUGCUUUGCGUGAUUUGGGAGAUGAAAUUCCAAAAAAAAGAUGA